AUGGUGAAAGGAUUAAGCUUUGAAGAAAAAAGAAAAAGGCUUCUGGAUUGUUUCCAUAAUUCGAAAUCCGUUUUUAAUAUAAAGGAAGUCGAGAAAAUGGGCAGCCAAAAAGGAAUAGUCAUCAAUACCGUCAAAGAUGUUCUUCAAUCGCUUUUGGAUGACGAUUUAGUCGAAACUGAAAGAGUUGGAACUUCUAAUUAUUAUUGGUCAUUUCCUGGAAAAGUUUUUAAAAAAGAGGCCAGAAUUGUAUUGGAAGAAAAAAUAAAAAAUCUCGAAACAAAAAUUUCAGAGUUGAAAAAAGAAUACGAAAUUUAUCGUAUGAACGAUCCAGAAACUCUUCAGGAAAAAGGUCGCCAGGCGAAAGUAGCUCAAGACGCAGCCAAUAGAUGGACAGAUAAUAUUUUUUGCUUAAGAAAAUGGGCCAAAGAGAAAUUUAAUGUGGAAGAGCAAAGCAUUAAUACUCAUUUUAAUAUUCCCGCUGAUUUGGAUUAUAUUGAAUAA